AUGAGCGGAGGAGGCUCGUCCUCCGGGAACGGGCGACGGCGCACCACGCGGACGUCCGGCGAGCCCACCUCAGGCCGAGCCGUGGCGGCAGCGGCCAAAAAGCUGCGUGACUUGCAGCGGCGGCUGAAGUUCCGAGGGUGCCUCGCACCCUCCGUCUUUGAGGCGCCGUUCGAGGAGGCGGCGGUGGAGUCGCUCUACCGUGACCUCGCCGCGCGGUUCCGGCUCGCCAGGCAGACGCUGCUGGCGGUGUGGCUUGCGGCGGUGACGGCCGCCUCGGCGGGACUCUUUGUCGGCGGCGCGGCGCUGGGCAGCAGCGCGCAGCACGGGCUGCUCUGGGGGGCGGUGGGAGCGAGCGGCGUGCUGCUCUUCGCGCUGUGGACUUGCGUCGAGGCGGACAGACUCGCGCGGCGGCUGCUCUGGAGCGGGACACAGGCCACGCCUCCCCGGAUCUCCCCAGAUCUCCCCAGAUCUCCCCAGAUCUCCCCAGAUCUCCCCAGGCCUAGAGGAGCGGAGUGCGUAUUCUCGUCUCCCAACCAGCGCUCUCGACAGGGCGCGUACUCCGCCGUAUCCACUGUCCUCGUCGCCCCUUCCGCACCGUCUCCCCGCCCCGAGGCUCCCUUCCUCCCGCGCAAGCAGGAGCCGAACCUCGCCAUCGCCCUCGCGCUGUCGGGUCGGACCACCGACUGGGACGCCGUCAAGCGAGCCGCCACCCGGCUCCGCCACCGCGACUACGGCUUGCGCGACUACUACGUCGACGUGCGGCAGGCUUCUCUGACACUUCCUAGACACUUCCUAGACACUUCCUAG